AUGCUCUUGCUUACUACUACCACUACUACUACUACUACUACUACUACUACUACUACUACUACUACUACUACUACUACUACUACUACUACUACUACUACUACUACUACUACUACUACUACUACUACUACUACUCGUCGAGGAGAUCCAAAGUAUUCUCUACUAAGGUCCAUAGGGGUCCAGAAAACAUUGGGAAACAUUUGA